AUGUCAAAGUCAGAAAUACUAGCACCGUACAGAUGUGUAGGACGUGUAUUUGGAACAGUUCCAGCGGUUUAUCAGCCGGUGGACAAGAGCAGUAACCUUGGAUUUUUAACUGUACCUGUUAACAAUUGUGUCCUCAAUUACACGAUCAGGCCUUUUAGGCUGGUGUGGAGCUCGGAUCACUUCUCUUCUGAGAUUAUUUUACUUACACGGUAUCUUAUUUUACAUUUUGUUGGUUUUUAGGUAAAUAACGAAGGAAUUUGCUUCUUGAACUUGUUUUUAGUGAAUAACAUAAAGUUUUUGAUAUUAUGAAUUUUCAAACGGGCAAAAAAAGGCGAUUAUAUAUUUCAGAAGCAAGAAAAGGAUCUUCGCUGCAUUGUCAAGCCAAAUUGAAGUGUUAAACCACACAGGAUCAUGGACUAAGACGAUUUGCAAAGGUGUAACAGCUAAAAUAAUGCUAGCCAUGGGCGAUAUCUUGAUUGUUCUUGACUCGACUAACAAAAUAUUGGUUGUAGACUGGAGAAAUGAUCAAGUUCUUGUUGAGUUUGAUGCAUCUUCAGGAGGAUUCGAGCCUACUUUUAUGAUUCAUCCGGAUACCUACUAUAACAAGGUACGUGUAUCUGUUCAUUUGAGAUGGAGUUAUUUUAUAAAUUUUAGGUAUUGAUUGGAGCCAAAGAUGGUCGUGUAAGAAUAAUUAACAUCAAUACAGCUAAAUUGAUUCAUGAAUUCGCUUCUGAUGCCCAGUUUAACAACCAGAUCACAUUUAUGGAUCAGAGUCCGGCAAAAGAUGUUGUAGCCUUUGGUUUCUCAAGUGGGCACAUUCAUUUUAGGCAUUUGAAGACUGGAAAAACGUUAUUGAGCUUCAAACAAGAUGGUGCUGUCACUGGAUUGGCUUUCCGGUAAGGUUUGGAGCUGUCUGGGCGGGUGUGCUUCUAUGGUUUAGAGGUAGUGAGUUUGGGUUGGAUUCAAAAGAUUGUGGGUUCGAGUCUGGUUGGAGGAAGUGGCUUGUAACUUGCUUUUUGUAUUCUUUUUAGUGUUUCAAAAUAAAAAAUAAGUUAUAAAAUGGUUUAUAAAUCUUAUAAACUAAUAUAAUUUAAGUAAUAAAGUUUAAAAUGACACUUUUUUAGAACUGACGGCGUAGAAACCCUCGUUUCGAGCAAUGCCGAAGGAACAGUCGCUCUUUGGGACCUAAAAGAACAAAAACUAGUUGGUCAGAAGGUUAGAGCACACGAUGACAAGAUCAUUACAUUGGUUUAUCUUCUCGGAUCACCAUUUUUAUUGACUGGAGGCAUUGAUAACAAGAUUGUUAUUUGGUUUUCGGAGACAGAACAAAGUCUGCCAAUACCUAGAAAGAUUCUGGAAGGUCAUUCCGCUCCGGUAAGCUUUUUUUUUAUUUUUUUUGGUUUUUAGGGUUUGAGAAAUGGUUGAAGGGACGAUUUUAAGCGUUGGGGACACGUAUACGAAAGGCUUAUGUUUUUUCGUAUAACUUGUCACUUUUUGAACAAAAUCAAAAAUUUUAAACUUAGAAAUGUUGUUAAGGUCAUUUAUUGUGUAAAAUUUAAAAAAUGGCAUUUUAGGUAACAGCGUUCCGUUUUUGUGGCCCAAAUGCCUUGAUCUCGGCCGGACUUGAUGGUAUUGUAAGGAAGUUCAAUAUCCACAGAAGUGAUCUGAUCUCAAGAUUGGGAAUCGCUAGAGAAGUCAAACCGUACGUUUAAAAUGAGUUUUUGAAAAAAAAAUUGAAAUUUUGACAAAUUUAAAAAUUUUGAAAAAAAACAUGUUUUAUCGUAUAAAAUGGUUAAAAAAAUUUUUUUUUGGUAAUUACUUCAGAACUACGAUAAUUGUUUAAAUUCUAGAGGAGAAGUAAGCAAAGACCGCUUCAAAGAAGUGAAACUCGAACCAAUCACUGACCUCAAGCUCGAACUCAUGAAAGAACAUUGCUUCGACAAUAUCGCCUGUGCCCACAAAGACUCGUUCCUAGUAUCGUCAUGGUCAUCGAGAAGAUGCACGAAAGGAUCACACCUAUUCCACCAUCAACGAUUCACCAAAGAUGCUAGAUUCUUAUCAGCAAAAGUCACUUCAAUGGAUAUCAGCAACGAUGGCAAUUUAAUAUUGAUCGGUUAUUCCACUGGCCAUGUGGACUGCUACAGCAUGCAAAGUGGACAACUCAAGUUCACAUUGGUCGAUAAAAGUCUACAGAAGACGGGAGACAAGAAAAAGGAGAACAACUUUUGGUAAGGGUGUGGUUUUGGAAGAGAUUGAGGAAAUUUGGGGUGGAUAAUAUUGGGGUUGGUUGGAUUGUUUUAAGUGUAACUUUUUUGGGUGUAUAGGUAGAAACGUGAAGUUAUAAGCGAUUGUAGUUUGUUUUAGUAGAUAUAGAACGUACUUUACAGAAAUUAAAAUUUUGAUUUUGAACGAAGUUACAGUAUUUUUACUGCAGGUCAUGACAUAAUGCACUGGUGGCCGAACUUUUUUAAUCAUAAAUUUUUUGAAAAAAUUGGCCAACGUAUGAAAUAAUAGUUGGUAGUAGCACGGUUUAUUAGCUCUAGAAUGCUUUUGGUAGAUUUUUCAAAUUUUUAUUUUUGAAAAAGUUACAGUAUUUUAACUGUGGUCCACUUUUUCUAGAAAAAAUUGUGAAAUAAUUAAUCGAAGUGUCCUUAACAUUUUUUUAAUUGUGAAAAUGUAGCUUUAAAUGAAACUCAGUUUCCCGUCGAAUCUAAAAAUGUUGUAUUUUAGCCACGAGGCCGCGGUAACGUCAGUAAAUUUCCAACUAAACUCGAUUGACAUGAUCACAGUCGGAGCCGAUGGCAAAGUGAAAUGGUGGACAAUGGAGCAAUUGAAGCCCAAACUGACAAGAUUCCUUCAACUACCAGAAGGCGAACUACCACAAAGUGCUCAACUCGACCGGGAAUCACAACUUUUCGCCAUCGGAAUGACCAAUGGCACGUUGAGGAUAUUGGACUCGAGACUGUGCCGCACUGCCAGGGUUUUCCCAAAGUUUUUGGCCGAAAAAGUGACGUUUAAUGUGUUGGAGUUCUCACCCGAUUCGUUUUAUCUACUGGUCGGGUCGUCGGAUGCGGUUAUUAGGGUAGGUGUUGGUUAGGCAGAAAUGUUGAAAAAAUGGCAAGAACGUUGUUUACAAAACAAAAAAUGGCAAGAACUUACUUUACAAAACAUAAAAUGACAAGAACUUUCUUUAAAAAACAAAAAAUGGCAAAAACUUUCUUUACAAACUCAAAAACAAAAACUUUCUUUCCAGGUCAUUCACCUGCAGUCCGCCGUCCUCCAGGGCGCAGUUCGCUGCUCUACUCCGGUCGUGAAAGCUCAGUUCAGCGAGGACGGUCGAUUCGUGACAACUUGUCAUGAACAACAACGCGAGCUGUUCGUCUGGACGAAUCGACUCCAAAUGGCCGACUUCACCGUUAAAAAGCCGGAAUCUGAGCUACCGGUCAAGAACUUGAGAGGCUUCGGCGCGGUCAAGGUCAGCUACGAAGAUCAAAGCUUGUUCGAGCUGUCAGACGAUGAAGAUGAUGUUGUAGUAGACAAUGGAGACAAGGUUCAAACUCUGGUCAUUGAUGGUGAUGAGGAUGAUGAAGAGGAAGAGGUUCAGAAGAUGGACGUGGAGAUGAGACAGGUGGUUGAGGUAGGUGUUUUUGGUCGAAAAGAAGAUUUUUAGGUAAAAAAGGUUGUAAAAUGCUAUUUUUAAAAGCAACUGGCAAGAACGUUCAACGUUCUGUACAAGACACGGAACGGCAAGAACUUUCUUUACAAAACAAAAAAUGGCAAGAACUUUCUUUACAAAACAAGAAACGGCAAGAACUUUCUUUACAAAACAAAAAAUGGCAAGAACUUUCCUUACAAAACAAGAAACGGCAAGAACUUUCUUUACAAAGCAAAGAGUGGCAAAGUCUUAUAAAAUAUCAUUUUUAAUAACAAAAUUUGUCUUUACAGCUUCUCGGCUCCGACUUGCUCUCAAUCUCGGGCCAACCAUCUCACCGCUGGUCCACCCUACCUCACAUCGAAAAGAUCAAGCAAAGAAACACGAUCAAAGAAGUGGUCAAGAAACCCAUCGAUGUGCCAUUCUUCCUCGAAUCCACUCCAAAUGAAGCCGAAAUUCUGGCCGACGCUACGGAGAAACGCCGCUUCAAAGCGGCUCAACGAUCGGAUACGGAAUUAUUUACCGAUUGGACCCAAAAGCUGAUCCAGGUCUCGAAUGAAGCCGGCUUCAAGCACGUUUUUAAUGGAUUGAUUCAGAAGCCAACGAGUAUUAUCGAUUUUGAAAUUAGAGCACUACCAAAGGCGGUUUUAUCAAAGUUUAUCGAUAUGAUCAUGGUCAAAUUGGAGGAGAAACAAGACGCUGACUUUGUACAGGUAAGAUCCGAUUUUUUAAAAUUUUUUUAGGAAAGUUUGAAAAAUGAAAUUUUUUGACGUUUUCAAUUGAUUAAACGGGGGUUGCAGAUCAAAAAUGGUUUAUUAGGGCUCAAUUUAGGCUUUUUGGUACAAUAUUGUACUGUUUGAGAAAAUGUGUUUUGGUAGUGUAGAGGUAGUGAGUUGGGUUUGAGUAUAAACGCUUGUAGGUUCGAGUCCGGCUGGAAGCAAAGGGUUAAAAUUGCCUUUUUUGAUUAUUUUUUGUUUUAAAAAGUUUAAGUUAUGGUCUAGUAAUGUAAAUUAUGGUUUAAUAAGGUCAUUGCACUGUCUUAGAUUUUGAAAAGAUAUUAAAAAAGAAGAAAUUUGUGCAAAAUAUUAAAAUUUUUGAGAAUUACUGUGAUUUUCUUCAUUUUUUGGCCGUUUUAUCGAAAAUUUUAGUGAAUUAGGCCGUUUUCAGAUGUUUGAGAACUCUGUGAUAACGUUAAAGGCUUCUAUGAUAAUAUAAACUUCAUUUUCAGGCCAUUCUAAACACAUUCCUCAUGGUUCACAACGAGGUAUUGUGCGACGACGCGGAUAACGAGGAAGACGAUGAAGAAGAAACAGAACUUACAGCUUCUAAUUUGACUACGAAGUUGGAAAAGUUGGUAUCGAAAGAAGCCGAAGGAACAGAACCUUUCGAAGAUUUGUAUCAAGAAACAGCCGCAGUUUUGAAAUGGAUCAAAUCAGCUGUUUUGUAA